AUGUUGUACACGUGCGCAGUGGAAGCCGGUAGUUGAAUUACUCAGCAGUCUAGAAGAUCAUUUGAAGAAAUUUCGACCAGAAACUCAAAACUCUGACCCCUAAAAACCAAAAAAUAUGUCUCACCAAGACGAAUUGGCCACCGCGAUUUUGAAGAACAAAGCUCGUCCUAACCGACUUUUAGUCGAAGAAGCCAUCAACGAUGAUAACUCUGUUGUCACGAUGUCUCAGGAGAAGAUGGAAGAAUUACAAUUGUUCAGAGGAGAUACUGUUCUUAUUAAAGGGAAAAAACGCAAAGACACGGUCUGUAUCGUCUUGUCUGAUGACACCAUUAGCAAUGAUAAAAUCAGAAUGAACAGAGUUGUCAGGCGCAACCUGAGAGUGAGGCUUGGUGAUAUCGUCAGUGUGCAGUCUUGUCCAGAUGUGAAAUACGGCAAGAGGAUACAUGUUCUUCCAUUUGAUGAUACAGUAGAAGGUCUCACUGGAAAUUUGUUUGAUGUUUAUCUGAAGCCCUACUUUGUCGAAGCCUACAGACCAAUCAGGAAAGGUGAUGUGUUUCUUGUUCGAGGUGGGAUGCGAGCAGUAGAAUUCAAAGUUAUUGAGACUGACCCUUCCCCUUACUGUAUUGUUGCUCCUGACACUGUCAUUCAUUGCGAGGGUGAACCAGUUAAGAGAGAGGAAGAAGAAGAAUCUCUUAAUGAAGUUGGAUACGAUGACAUUGGUGGUUGCAGAAAACAGCUGGCACAGAUCAAAGAGAUGGUGGAACUGCCUCUUCGACAUCCACAACUUUUCAAGGCCAUUGGAGUAAAGCCCCCAAGAGGUAUUUUGCUCUUCGGUCCACCAGGAACUGGAAAAACAUUAAUGGCAAGAGCUGUGGCUAAUGAGACUGGUGCAUUCUUUUUCCUCAUUAAUGGUCCUGAGAUUAUGAGUAAGCUGGCAGGAGAAUCAGAAAGUAACUUGAGGAAAGCCUUUGAAGAAGCUGAAAAGAACGCUCCAGCAAUUAUCUUCAUUGACGAAAUUGAUGCUAUCGCACCUAAAAGAGACAAGACCCAUGGAGAGGUUGAACGACGUAUUGUGUCUCAGCUCCUAACCUUAAUGGACGGCUUGAAGCAGAGAGCACAUGUGGUUGUCAUGGCAGCCACCAACAGACCUAACAGUGUGGACACUGCUCUACGUAGAUUUGGACGUUUUGAUCGUGAAGUAGACAUAGGAAUCCCUGAUGCUACAGGACGCCUAGAAAUCCUCCGAAUCCAUACCAAGAAUAUGAAACUAGCAGAUGAUGUUGAUUUAGAACAGAUUGCUGCUGAAACUCAUGGGUACGUUGGUUCUGAUGUUGCGUCAUUGUGUUCAGAGGCUGCUCUUCAGCAGAUUCGUGAGAAGAUGGACCUUAUUGAUCUAGAAGAUGAAACAAUUGAUGCCGAGGUGCUGGACUCUCUAGCUGUAACAAUGGAUGACUUCCGAUAUUCAAUGGGUGUGUCCAAUCCUUCUGCUCUGCGUGAGACAGUCGUUGAAGUACCCACGACAACCUGGGAAGACAUUGGUGGCCUUGAUGGUGUCAAGCGUGAGCUACAAGAACUGGUUCAAUACCCCGUAGAACACCCAGACAAGUUCCUCAAGUUUGGCAUGACACCAUCCAAGGGUGUGCUGUUCUAUGGCCCCCCUGGUUGUGGUAAAACUCUCCUGGCUAAAGCCAUUGCCAAUGAAUGUCAAGCUAACUUCAUCUCCAUCAAGGGACCUGAGCUGUUGACGAUGUGGUUUGGUGAAUCUGAGGCUAACGUUAGGGAUGUCUUUGACAAGGCUCGCAGUGCCGCUCCCUGUGUACUCUUCUUUGAUGAAUUGGAUUCAAUUGCCAAAUCCAGAGGAGGUAAUGUUGGUGACGGUGGCGGAGCGGCUGAUCGUGUCAUCAACCAAGUCCUUACUGAAAUGGACGGCAUGAAUGUCAAGAAGAAUGUAUUUAUUAUUGGUGCAACCAACAGACCUGAUAUUAUUGAUCCUGCCAUCUUGCGACCUGGUCGUCUGGAUCAGCUUAUCUACAUCCCUCUUCCUGAUGAUGCUUCAAGAAUUUCCAUUUUAAAAGCAAACCUCAGAAAAUCACCCAUAGCCAAGGAUGUUGAGUUGGAGUACAUUGCUAAGGUCACCCAUGGAUUCAGUGGUGCUGACUUGACAGAAAUCUGCCAAAGGGCAUGUAAACUAGCAAUUAGAGAAUCUAUUGAAAUUGAGAUCAACAGAGAUAAGCAGCGUGCAGAAAACCCUGAUCUAGACAUGGAAGUAGAAGAUGAAGACCCUGUACCAGAAAUAAGAAAAGACCACUUUGAAGAGGCUAUGAGGUUUGCUCGUCGUUCAGUCAGCGAUAACGACAUCAGAAAAUAUGAAAUGUUUGCCCAAACUCUACAGCAGAGCAGAGGAUUUGGUGGCAACUUCAGAUUCCCAAGCCAAACCGGAGGCAGUGGUAGUGGAUCCCAGGGCGGGGCAGGAGGAUCAGGAGAAGCUGAUAACUCCAAUAUCUAUGAUGAUGGUGACGAUGACCUCUAUAGCUAGGCUACUACUGUACAUGGACAUUAACAAUCAGUCGAUUAGUCUGGUUAAUAUUUGAUGUCAAAUAUUAUUUUUUUUGUAGAAUGUUUAAAGAUUUUCCAUUACAGGACAUUGUGGGGUGUUUGACUACAUUUUUUUCCUCAUUAAUAUAAUUAUGCACAGAAUCAAAAUAUAUGGUGACCAAUUUGAAGAACUAUCAUUCUGUACUGACUAGCCUUGUGUUCACUCAUAUACACACAAGUUUUUUCACAUGUAUGAGAGACUAGUAAGUGCAGAACAAAAGUUCUUCAAAUUGCUCGCCAUAUUUUGAUUUGGUGUAUAUUAUUAUGACUUUGUAUGAGUAUGUCCCRAUUAAGAAGCAAGACUGUUCUUUAUGUUCAUCCAGAGAGAGAAAAAUAACCAUACAAAUAAAUGAAAUUAAAGAUUUUAUGGAGUGCUGUAAUAACUUUGACAAACAGAAAUAUUGAAGAUUAAAAAUCUAUCUUUGAAUCAGGAUUUAUUUUACUUAACAUUACCCUGCAUUUAUUUAUUUUUGAUUAGUAGAUUCAUUAAUUCUUUCAAAAGUAAUCCAAUCUGUGAUCUAGAGUACUUUUCCAAGACCGUGAAACAGUUUCUGGUAGUCAAGUGUAUAAUAGUCAAAUAGACACAAGAUCUACUAACCACUAUUGAUAUAAAGUGGUCAAUAAUAAUAAUAACUUUAUUAAUGUCUCUAAUUCUUCUAGCCGGGCACAAGCGCCCUACUAAUCGGGGAGACAAUAAACCUCUAAAAUAUAUAUUAGACUUUUAAAAUACUUUAGUCAAAUCCAACUAGCGGUCUAGCGUCAAUGCUGCGUUCCGAUUGGAUGAGCUACUAGUAGGCUAUACACUGUAGUUAUAGCCUAAGAUUGAAAUUAAAUAUUUUUUUAUCUAAAUAUUUGACUGACUYGUUGGAUAUUGACAAACAAUUAGUCCUCUUCUCCUUAUGGCCUAUGAGUCCAUAUCCCAUUCGACCUUCUGCCUCAUAAGCUAUUGACUUGUAGCCCAUUUGAGCUUGAGGACUAAUUGCUAAUUAGUAGACCCUAAUUCCAUUGUUUUCGUUUGUGUCUAUUUAACUAUUAUACCUUGACUAGUAUUUUUUAUUUCAUGGGUUAAAUGCCUUCACUCUAUUAGUCUUCUAAGAUAACUAUUUUUGUUACAGAUCAAUACUUCCUCAUUCUUAGUUUAUUUGACAUAAUUUAAGUAGCUUGCGCUAAUACUUAUUGCAAAUCGAUCUGUUUCAUUCAGCAUUUAGAUGUCGUCAUUAAAGACUGGCCGAGUCGUUGUAAGACUAACUUUAAGAUUCUAUUUAAUAAACAACACCAAGACCUUUGUGGUGUGAUCCAUUGAUUGGAA